UUCCCGUUGACCACAGUCACCAUCGUCACCAUCCCGGGCAGCGGGGGCGGGGGAGGCUGUGUGAUGAGGUCGCCCUGCAGCUGGGCUUUGGUUACGCUACGAUAAGGCGGUUUUUGGGGUUGCUAGGACACUCUCUUCGCUUUUCAGUUUUGGGGUCAACUUGUCGCUCAUCAGAGCCUUCUAGCACCCUGGGUGUGUGAAGACAAAACCCCGCAGAGGAACACAGCUCCUACUGGGACCGAGGGGACUGCCGAAUAUCCAUGAGCUCCGAUUUCCCUCACUACAAUUUCAGGAUGCCAAAUAUAGGGUUCCAGAAUCUUCCCCUCAAUAUCUACAUUGUGGUGUUUGGGACAGCCAUCUUUGUCUUCAUCCUCAGCCUCCUCUUCUGCUGCUACUUAAUAAGGUUACGGCACCAGGCGCACAAAGAGCUAUAUGCAUACAAACAAGUCAUUCAGAAGGAAAAAGUCAAAGAACUAAACUUGCAUGAGAUUUGUGCAGUUUGCUUGGAGGAGUUCAAACAGAAAGACGAGCUGGGGAUUUGUCCGUGCAAACAUGCCUUUCAUAGGAAGUGCCUCAUUAAGUGGUUGGAGGUGAGGAAAGUGUGCCCGCUGUGCAACAUGCCCGUCUUGCAGCUCGCCCAGCAGGCCGGCAGCACGGAUGCUCCUGUGCCAACAGAGCGGCCUCUACCCGGCAUCGAGAACCUGGUGUAGCAGACUGGAAGCCUCUCUUCUAGUACCCUACAGACACACACAAAUACACAUCCCAUCACUCAUACUCUCACCUGUACAGUUACACCUUUCGUAUGAGUCUGUGGACAGAGAUCGGAGAAACUGGGGUUCAUGCGCAGAAACUCACAGCAAAAAAUGAGAAAAAAAAAGAGAGAAGUGACUCUUCAGCCAUCGUCACUUCUCUUAUUGUUGCAUUGGUUCACAAAAGGAUUUCCUUAUAUCAGUUCUGACUGAUAAUCAACUUAUUUUUUCUUUUCGCGGACAAUGAAGAAUAGUUGAUCUUGAAGAAGUUUCCUUCUUGGCCAAGACGUGGUCGAUAACUUUUUCUCAACCAAAGCACUUUUCUGGGGACACCAGCUUAAGACCGGGAGGAAAAAAAAACACACAAAAGCCAAGAACUACAGUACACUAAAAUAUAAAUUGUUUAACUUUUUUUUAACAAGCACUUUACGAAAAGGCAAACCUUAAUUGCUUGUGAUCCUAGUAGCAAGGUUAUGUUGUAUAUUGUAUCAUUAACUAUUAUUCUAUGUACAGUACAAAGCCACAUGGGCUUUGAUUUUUACUAAGUAAACUUUGAUUUGUAAAAAGAAAAAAUAUCUGAAAGGGACAACAGUAGAUAAAUGUCAGGAAUUUCGGACAAUGCUUUUAUUUUAAUUGAGCACACACAUAAGAAAUUAAGGUCAAAGCAGCCUUGAGACUUUGUCUGACUAAAUGUGAAAGGUUUGAAUGUGUUGAAACACAGAAUUCUUCAAACUAAGCCUACAGAAUGUUUUGCCUCACUGGUGGCCUGUUUGUCAUUCAUGUGACUGUUGUCGUUAUACUUUGUUAUUACUCUGUCAAAACGGGAAGGAACACAUUUUUUUUUUUCAUGAAAUAUACAGAGUAACAUCCACCAUAUACGAGUGCAGGCUUUAUCUUGUUAACCCAAUACUCAGAAAAAACAAUUCAGGAUCUCUCCAAAAGGAAAUCACAGUUUCAAAGUGACUGCUUCAACUACUGUGAUCAUUUAAACCAGUAUUAGUGUGUUGAUCCUGGUGCUUUAUCUAAAAACUGUUUUACAGAACAAACACCAAUAAUAAGGCAAUAUUUAACAAAGAUCUAAAACAGGUAACAUAAAUGUUCCAGUUUUAUUUUAUUAUGCUGCAUCACUUUAUUUUAUUAACGCUGCUCUGUGUGAAUGUAACAGUGGCUUGCUUCAGAUUAAGGCUGAGACACUUCAGAAAACAAAACAACAGAUUUCCUUAAACUAGCAUCACAAAUCCUGCUAGAAAAUGGUAGAUAGCUCAAUUUAGGAAGAGAGCAGGAUGAAGCAGGCUUUUGCCUUCUUUACUGUUCAGCUCCUACUUAAAAUGUUCUGCAUACACAGUUGCAGUUACUUUUGCUUCCAUCCAAGUACAGUAUUGGUAUAUAUUUUUUUUAUUAUUAUAAUUUCUGGGUACAGCUGCAUAGAGUGAAUGAGAAGUGUAUUGACACCUGCAUCAGAAUUAUGCCCUCAGCAGAAAAUCAGCAUAUGUUUUGGUCAAGAAAUACUCACUACUCUGUAAAAUACCCACUACAUGCACAAAGGGAGGGGCUUGAGCUGCCCCCAGCCAGAGAGUCAGUGGUCAGCAGAUUGUAAUGAAGCAGCAUUUUCAUUCAUGCACACAAACACGCAUACAUAAAGGGUAGUUUUGCUUUUUGGCUGCAGUGUUCUGGUGCUUUCGCCUCUCUCCUUUUUUCUGUACGGUACAGGAUGCUUUUUGUUUUGUGCUGCACAUACACUAACUCUAAGCCCCGCCAGCUUUUGUGGUUAUGUUUUUUGUCCUCAUCCCUUUUUAGCUGCAUUUGGUAAAUGUGAUUUGCUGAUCUGAAAAGGGUAGCUAAAGAAAAAGAUCUGCCUCAAGAGUGAUGGACUAAAGAUAAGUUGGAGAUUUCCUUUAACCUGUGAUAUGUAUUUUUAAAUGACAGUACAUUCUCACUGUAGCCACAGUACCUGAUCCAAAUGUAAACAUAAGAACAGUCCCACCAUAACAAAAUGUAAACUAACGCAACAAAAUACAUUAGACAUCAAUUAGAUCACAUUUUUCAAUGUGUUUGGCGCUAUAAAAAGGUUUGUUUCCAUGAGUUUUAUGUUUACGAACAUUACUGAUGGAAAAUAACCAACCAUAAACAGGCUUAUAUUCUAGUUGGUUUAGAAACACAACAAAACGCAAUUUCUAUCCAACUCAAAUCUCUUUUGGAAUAUACUUAUAAUAAAGCUUUAAAAAACAUUGAUUUUGCUUUCAAGAACACAAAAUCGCUAUUAGACUUUAUUCUCCAACACCAAAUUGAGUUUCACAGGUUCACAUGGACGGUUUGCAAAGAGACAAUGUGUUUCACCUUCUAUGGCAGGAAAGCUUUGUUACCCUCCCUCUGUGGUUUGAAUGUUUCAUCUCUGCUGAAUGUCUGCCCUCACCUCACAUGGAUGACCUUUGUGGUUGGGUCAGAGCAUUCAGCAGGGUGAACAUGACAACUGUUAGACGAGAGCAAAAGCAGGAUUUCAUUAUCCUGUAUGUAGCGUAUUAGUCGGUGGUCCCAUGCUCUUAUCGAGGUCCAACCCUCCUACAUUAAUGCAGCGCACUGCCACAACUGAUGAGAAAGUAUUAAGCAACUCAGAUUUAAAGAAACAUAAUGUCACAUUAGCCUUAUUUGAACAAAAACUGACACAAUUACUAAAGCAAUACAAGGGCUGUGUUAAUUGGCAUUUUCAAACCUACAGUUAAUUAAUGAUUAACUUUGUGAUCAGAGAAUCAUUUAUAUUGCCUGUUAGUGAAGAGGGAGCGACUUUAUGUUGAAGAAAAUAAGCUACAUAAGCUUCAGUAUGGUGUGUGUGAUAUACAGUAUUUGGUACCUUUUUGCUUCUCAGUCUUUGGGUAUGAAGACACUGUAACUGUUUAAUUGCACUUGUAUGUUACUGCAAAUUUUAAAGUAUGAUAACCAACAUUUUCCUUUAAGCCACUGUCCACCAAACCUUUCUAUACAAACUAUACAUCAGUGAGUAUUUCUGCCACCGUCCCUGAAAGACAACAUAUCUUGAUGCUCAGUUAUUCAAGUCUUAAAGUUUUGUUUUUUCCUUGAGUGUAAGAUUCAAGACAGAAACACAAGAGGAGGAGAUUAAAUGUGAAACCAGGCUAUUUUGCAAAGUCAAGUUGCCACUGAUAUCACCAUUGUUAAAUGUUUGUAGACAGUAGUAGGGUAUUUAUACAUAAGGUGCACAAAAAAAUGCUCCUUCAUAUAAACCAAAUGGCAGCUGAACACUUCCUGCCAUUUGGCCAUCUUAAGUGUUGUGAUUGUAAACACUUUUAGCCUUUCCACCAGAACUUCCCCGUUUUCUUCCUGUGUGCCGUCCUAAUCCCACUGAAAACAAAGUGCCAACCAAACAAAAUGAACUGUUAUGAGUCAAAGCCCCAGCCAGUAAGAAAGAAUGUUCUGAUUUUUUAAAUAUAAAGAGGGAAGUCUUUUAUGACAUAAUUGCCAAAAAGAAUGGAAACUGAGCCAGCCAUGAAUAUAAUAAUAAAUGGCUUCCCGCCACUGAAAUCAUUGACGUCAGUGCUGCUUCUGAGUUAUCUCCAUUAAAAAUAGACAAGACACAAUCUGAUGAAAUACACAGUCGGGGACACCACUUCACAUCAAAUAUUUACUGAUACUCACAAGGCCAUUUAUAUCAUUAUGCCUUCAGGGGACAAUGUUUGAUGGCAGACAAUGCUGUGGAAGAAUACGAAAAAACUCUACUGUUUUAUUAAAAGAAAUGUGGUACCAACAUCCUGUAUAGAUGAAGGGUUUCGUUACAUUUCCAUGGUUGGUUUUAGCAGCCAGACUAUUAGGGAUUUUUAAACUCUAUCACUGCCUCCCUAAAGUGAACUUUCCUCUUGUUCUUAUGGUGUUAUUUAUUCCUCCGAGGCUCCUAUAGCGCCCUUGUAACUUCCUCGCUCUUUGUCCAAACAAACCAUGCUACCUUCACCAGUGUCCCCAGGCGACCCUCUCCUACCCACAAACCCCUUUUUUGUUAACACUGAUUACGUUUGUGGACUCUCACAGACAUUGUUUGUAAAACUAAGAAUUCUGCAGCAGAAUAUUUUUGGAGACAAUUUGCUGUACAGUAUUUGUAAGCUCUAUUUUUGUAUAUUGCUAUUUUGGAGAAAAUAAUAUGCAUUUUUUUUUUUCUUUUAUUGUUUUUGCUAAUUUCAUGUUUAUUCAAUUAAAGAAAAUGUUGCAUGUGACUGACUUGAAAUGUAAAUAAAAUUCCAAGUUUUG